AUGGAUCCAGUGCUGUCUUCGGUCCGGCUCACUGUCCGGGAGGCGGUCCACACCCUUUCAUCUUCUGAGGAUGGAGGCUGCAUCGUCUCCACCCUGGAGUCCCUGAAGCGUUAUCUCGGAGAAACGGAGAAUCCGGCCCUCCCUGCGGAGCAGGAGGAGUUUGCCAGGGUCCACUUUUCUGCCCUUCUCAGAUGUCUGGUCAGCAAGCUGAGCCCGGACUGGCUGGGGCUGCUGCCUGAUGGCCAGUUGGAGGAGUUGUGGGCCAGCUUCUUCCUGGAGGGCCCAGCUGACCAAGCCUUCCUGGUGCUGAUGGAGGCCCUAGAGGACACCCCUGGUCCCAGUUUCCGUCUGAUGAAGAUGGCAAGGUUGCUGGCGCGGUUCCUGAAGGCGGGCAGGAUGGCCGCUGUGAUGGAGGGGCAGUGCCGGCAGCAGGCCGAGCUGGCCUUUCCUCUGCUCCAGGAGGCGCUCCUUGUCAGGGUGGUGGGCUUGCCCGACCGCCUGGGCAACCGCCUGCAGCACGAGAACCUGGCCGAGUUCUUCCCUCAGCGCUACUUCCCGCUGCUCGGGGAGGAGGCCGUGCGGGUGCUGCAGGCCGUCGUGGACUCUCUCCGAGGCGGCUCAGACUGCUCUGUCUCCUUUGUGUCCCAGGUCGUGGGGAAAGCCUGUGUCUACGGGAGGCAGAAGGAGAUCCUGGGCGUGCUGGUGCCCAGGCUGACGGCACUCACCCAGGGCAGCUGCCUCUGGCAGCGGGUCUGCUGGCGCCUGGUGGAAUGCGUGCCCGACCGGGCCAUGGAGGCCGUGCUGACGGGGCUUGUGGAGACUGCCCCUGGGCCUCACGCUCUCUCUCGGCUGCUGGGGAACCUGGUGUUGAAGAGUAAGAAGGCCCGCUUUGUGAUGACCCAGAAGCUUCUGUUCCUGCAGUACCGACACACGACGCCUGCGCUGCAGAGCCUGCUGGGAUACCUGGCCAUGGACAGCCAGCGGCGCCCACUCCUCCUACAGGCGCUGAAGGAGCUCAUGGAGACGUGGGGCAGCAGCAGCGCCAUCCGCCACGCACCCCUGGAUCAGCAGCGCUACGUCAGCAAAGCCGUCCUCAUCUGCUUGGCGCACCUGGGGGACGCCGAGCUCCAGGACAGCCGCGACGAGUUGCUGGCCAGCCUGAUGGCAGGAGUGAAGUGCCGCCUGGACAGCAGUUUACCGGCCGUGCGCCGCCUGGGCAUGAUUGUGACUGAGGUGGCCAGUUCCCGGAUCCACCCUGAGGGGCCCCCCCUGAAGUUCCAGUACGAAGAGGAUGAGCUGAGCUGCGAGCUGCUGGCCUUGGCCGCCCCGCAGCCUGCUGCUGACAGCCCCUCGGAGGCGGGCUCACCCGUCACUCCAGUCGCUGCAGAGACCCCUGACAAGCAGACGGAAGAGGGCGGAGUCCCGCAGGUGCGGCCACAGGGCUCUGACUCUGAGCUUGACAGCGAUGAUGAGUUUGUUCCCUAUGACAUGUCGGGGGACCGAGAGCUGAAGAGUGGCAAGGCGCCCAUGUACGUCCGGGACUGCGUGGAAGCCCUGACCACGUCGGAGGACUGGGAGCGCUGGGAGGCAGCCCUGCGGGCCCUGGAGGGGCUGGUCUUCAGGAACCCGGCUGCCACUCGGGAGGUGAGCGUGGAGCUGGCCCAGGUGCUCCUGCACCUGGAGGAGAAGACGAGCGUGGUGGGGUUCGAGGGGCUGCGCCAGAGGGCCCUGGUGGCCGUCACCACCACGGACCCGGCCCGGGUGGCGGAGUAUCUGACCUCACAGUUCUACGCCGUCAACUACAGCCUCCGGCAGCGCAUGGACAUCCUGGACGUCCUGGCUCUGGCAGCCCAGGAGCUGUCUCGGCCCGGGCGCCUCGGGAGGACUUCCCAGUGUGGCUCCCCGGGCCCCACCUGCCCGCCCAGCUGCGCCGGGGCUCCCACCUGGCGGGCCGUGGUGGAUGAGAGGAUCCGAAGGAAGACCCGGCGAUUUUCGAAGGGCUCUCCCAGGAAGGGGCUAGCUGGCAGCCCCAAUGAAUUCAACGCAGUGGCUGGCUACUUCUUCUUCCCCCUCAUCCAGGGUUUUGACAGGCCUCUGGUGACCUUCGACCUUUUGGGGGAUGACCAGUUGGUCCUCGGGAGACUGGCCCACACCUUAGGGGCCCUGAUGUACCUGGCUGUGAACACCACGGUGGCUGUGUCCAUGGGCAAGGCUCUGCUGGAGUUCGUGUGGGCCCUUCGCUUCCAUGGUGACGCCUACGUGCGCCGGGGCCUGCUGUCUGCCGUCUCCUCCGUCCUCCUUAGCGUCCCGGCUGAGCGGCUGCUGGAAGACCUACCGGAUGAGCUGCUGGAGGCCCGGGCGUGGCUGGCAGACGUGGCUGAGAAGGACCCGGAUGACGACUGCAGAAUGCUGGCCGUGAAGGCACUGCUGCUGCUGGAGAAACUCAGAGACAAGCUCCUCCCACUGGCUCCCCCUUAG